CUCGGGAAGCGGGCGGCCUCGGCCUCUUGAGGAGCGGCAGACCGUCGCCGCCUGACGAGAGGCCGGCGGCGGCGCCGCCAUGGAGGACAUCAACUCCAACGUGAACGCCGACGCGGAGGUGCGGAAGCUGCAGGAGCUGGUGAAGAAGCUGGAGAAGCAGAACGAGCAGCUCCGCAUCCGCAGCGCGGCCGGGGCGCCCGGCGGCAGCAGCCCCAAGCGGCUACUCAGCGGCGGCGGCGGCGGAGGGUCGGGCGCCUGCACGCCUCCGCCGCCGCCUCCGCUGCUCUUCCCGCCUCCCGCCGCCCAGCUCUCGCCGUCCUCCUCCUCCUCGCCGUCGCCCCUGGGGCUGGAGAGCCGCGGCCUCAACGCCAAGGCCGGGCCGCGGCGGCCACCCCCGAACGACGACCGGGGCGCGGAGGCGGCGCGGGGCCCCGCCGAGAAGAGCGGCCUGCUGGACGAGGUGGAGCCGCUGAGGCCCGACGAGCUGGAGCGGCUGGCCGGCUGCGAAGAGGACGAGACGGGCUGGUUGUAUAUGUCACCAAAGAAGAAAGUGACCCCUGUGCAAAAAUCGAUGAGCCCCCUUGUUUGGUGCAGGCAAAUAUUGGAUUAUCCAACUCCAGACAUUGAAUGUGCUAAAAAGUCAUUGAUCCAUAGGCUUGAACAGACCAUGUCAGCUCUCAAGAGACACAGCCUAUAUAGUAAUCCAUUCAACACUGUCAAUUACACAAAUUCCCAAAGCCACAGUGCUGGCAGUCCCUACAGCACUAGCUUCGGUUUUUCUUCCCCUACACCGGCGAAAGCUCCUUUAGUAAAACAGCUCAUAUAUCCUAACAACUCAGGUCAUUUCAAAAGUUCUGAUCGAAAUCCUCCACUCAGCCCACAAUCCUCUAUAGACAGUGAAUUAAGUGCUUCAGAAAUGGAUGAAGACUCAAUAGGAUCUAAUUACAAACUAAAUGACUUAACUGAUGUGCAAAUUUUAGCCCGAAUGCAAGAAGAGAGUCUUCGGCAAGAAUAUGCAGCAACUACUUCUCGGCGUAGCUCUGGUUCUUCAUGUAGUUCUAUGCGGCGUGGAACAUUUAGCGACCAGGAACUUGACGCCCAGAGCUUAGAGGAUGAAGAAGACAGCUGCCAUCAUGCCGUGCACCCAGCUAUGAAUAGAUUCUCUCCAUCACCCCGCAAUUCACCUCGACCUUCGCCAAAACAGUCCCCGAGAAAUUCUCCCCGGUCUCGAUCUCCUGCUAGAGGAAUAGAGUACAGCAGAGUGUCACCUCAGCCCAUGCUUAGCCGCCUGCAGCAACCCCGCCUUUCACUUCAAGGACAUCCCCCUGAUUUACAAACCACCUCUGUCAAAAAUGAAGAAAAACUAAGGCGUAGUCUUCCAAACCUCUCCAGGACAUCUAACAUCCAUGUUGAGUCUGUGAAAAACAGUAGAAGUGACUCAAACUUUCAAGUGCCAAACGGAGGAAUACCUCGUAUUCAGCCUCAGUCCUCAGCCACUCUGCAAAAGCAGAAAAAUUUGCACCGUGUUGCCUUCAAAACCAAACAAGCACUUCAUACUCCAGCUGCCAAAGGAGUUCCGUCUCCCAGUAAGUUCCGGUCUCCAGCAGCGCCCUCACCUCUGGCUCUGAGACAGCCAGUAAAAGCAUUUAAUACCCAUGGACCUAAUUCUCUUCCCGAAGCCACUCAGCUGCCUUUAGCAGCUCCUGCCUCUGCAAGUCCAGCCAGCACCAUCAACAGCGCUACCCUUACCAGACCUGCGGGAACCCCAGGGUUAAGGAGUGGCUUGCCAAGACCUAGUGCCCCCUCCACAGGGGGAAUCCCAGUGCCUCGCAGCAAACUCACACAGCCCGUUCGCAGAUCUCUGCCAGCUCCCAAAACCUAUAGCAGCGCAAAAGACGAGAGCUGGAAGGAUGGCUGCUACUGAGCAGCGAAAGUUUGUUAACCCAGCAUGCACUUCUUCACCAGACGAAACCACGGAUCAACAUGCAGACGGAUGGAAAAUACUUUGGGGGGGGGGGGGGGGGGUUGAAACUCUCCAGAUCUCUCUGCCUUUUAAUUAGCACAAGCUGGCAGAGAUUAUAAAACAGCACUUUAAUGACAUUAACAUCAGAUCCUUGGUGAUCACUCAAAUCAUUUUUAUGUGAAUCACGUAUCAUUUCUGAAGCUCUGCUUCCCUGCUUCCUAGAAUUGUUAUCGAUGCUCACGCGGCUACAACACGGAUACAACCAGGGCAGAUAUCUUUUAAUAUGCCAAAGAUACAUCCAUUUUGAAAAAGCAGCACAUAAAAUAUUAAAGCAGAAAAAAAAUUAUAAUAAUAAUUCUUGAAAGAGCAUACGUUACUUGAUUUUAAAGAGCAAGGCUUUCUUUUAACACGCAGAAGAGAAAUAUUAACGUCGAUCAAAGCAAAACAUUGGAUUGUAAAAAUGCUACUGGGCUAGGUGAGAUUGUUGUAGGCAACUGUGGAAAGAUGUGUGGAGAAACUGAGUCACCACAGAACCCUUGUCUCUGGAGUCUCCCUGGGAGAGGGAGUGGGAGGAGAGUCCGUACCAAUUAUUAUUAUUAUUUUUUUAAACAAACAAACCUUAGGUCUCUGAGAUUUGGUAAGCGUAGUGUGCAUUCUUUUAUGUUGACGUCUCAUAUCAGGUUUUGUAUAAUACUAAGGUUGCCAAAAGGGCUCGUUUUUUUAGUUGUACAGUCCCAAAACUAGCUGUUCCUGGCUCAGGAAAAUAGCCUCCCCCCCCCCCCUUUUUCUUUUUCUUUUUGCAGCGAUAUUUUUUAAAACAUACAAGUCCUUUUUUUUAAGCUUCCUGGAAAGAGAAAGGAAGAGAACAGACGAAGAAACAUCGCCACGUGCUUAAUGCCUGGAGUGCAACUGAGCAGGCCUGUAGUUUAACAUAAAAGGGAAAAGGCAACUAAGCAGCUCUUGCCCAGAGAUGGAUUCUAAGGGAAUCAGUUGUUCCACUGAUACCAAAAGCUUUAUUCGUGUGGGUGAUGUUUCACGGUAUGAGGGAGUCUUCUUUCUCCUUUUUUUUUUUUUUUUUUGUUUAAAAAUCAGCUUCCUAGAGGUGUGUUUAAUUGUAAAUACUUCCACUGAGGUUAUUGCCCCCAUUAAUAUUUUAACUAUGUACUUUGCCUUAUAUUUGUAUUUUGCAUUGUUGGUAACAGUUUGAAAAA